AUGCCUGAUAAUAACAAUGACAGUCAUUCGGUUACAUCGUCGUCUGUUGCGUCCACCACCACUACAGCGACCGAUCCAUUUCUCGCUUCUUUACAAACUACGGCUUUGAAAGAAUUACAAAAAUUUACUGGUGAUCCAUCACAGAAAGUCACUCACUUCAUCAAUGCUAUCGAACAAUUACGCUCUUUCAGCCCAUUGAGUGAUGCCAUGCUUCAUUCAAUCGCUACUCUCAAACUAGGUGGUCCAGCUUUCAACUGGUAUGACAAUAAUCGUGACUCAUUAGAUUCGUGGUCUCUAUUAAAAACUAAUCUAUUAGCACGUUUUAAACCGUCAUUGUCUGCUGCAAAAACACAAUUGAAAGAUCGUCGUCAACAACCGGGUGAAUCAUUAUUAGCAUACUACGACGAUGUCAUUGAUUUAUGCAAACAGGUCGAUUCUGACAUGCCGCUUCAUAUGAUUGUCGAUUAUUUACAAGAUGGUGAGCGCGAUGCACUCAAAAUUCACAUAAAACGUCGAAUGAAAACACUUCCUGAUACUCCAUCACCAGCUCAAUUUUUAACAAUCGCACGCGACGAAGAAGAAUUACAACAAGAACUUUUACCUUCCGAAGCAUCUACUAUUACUGCUGCUCAACCUUACUUUCCUCAUUUUACAGCAGCUACUAACACUUCUACUCUCCGACCGAACUAUUCUC